AUUUUUUUUGCAUGAUGUACAUGUAGCAUCCCCCUAUCUUCAAAUGGUUUAUCGUUUUUAUGGCACUAUUUGCAUUCAUAAAAUUGACAUAUUGAUGAUUUUUUGGCUAUAUGAUGCAGUUACAACUACAGCAAUUGAUGGAGACACUGAACGCUACGGAGCCUCACUACAUCAGAUGUGUUAAACCUAACAAUCUUCUCAAACCUGCCAUAUUUGAAAAUGUUAACAUUCUGCAACAACUGCGUUGUGGUGGUGUCUUAGAAGCAAUUAGAAUAAGUUGUGCUGGAUACCCAACUCGGCGCCCUUUCUUUGAGUUCAUAAACAGAUUUGGGCUCCUUGCACCAGAGGCUUUGGUGGGAAACUAUGAUGAAAAGGUUGCUUGCCAAAAGAUUCUAGAUAAAUGGGGAUUAAAAGGGUACCAGAUAGGAAAGACAAAGAUAUUCCUUAGAGCUGGACAGAUGGCCGAGCUGGAUGCACGAAGAGCAGAGGUUUUGAACAGUGCAGCAAAGGCUAUACAAGGACGAAUCAGAACUCACAGUGCCCGUAAAAGUUUUAUAUCUCUCAGAGAGGCAGCUGUUUGUAUGCAAUCUUUGUGCCGAGGAAGACUUGCUGGCAAACUUUUUGUGAAAAUAAAGUUGGAGGCAGCUGCGACAAAAAUUCAAGCAAUCAUACGUCGAGACCUAUUGAAAAAAUAUUAUGACCAACUCCGAGUAUCAGCAGUUGUGCUGCAGAUAGGUUUUCGUAAGAUGGAUGCCUCCAAAAAAUUCAGAUUUAGGAAACAAACAAAAGCUGCAACAAGAAUUCAGGCACGGUGGCGUUGUCAUAAAGCUUUUAUGAGUUAUAAGAAGCUUAAAAGAGGAGCAGUAGUUGCACAAUGCAGAUGGAGAGGAAAAGUUGCCAGAAGAGAGUUGAGGAAACUAAAAAUGGCUGCAAGGGAUACAGGUGCACUAAAAGAGGCAAAAGACAAGCUGGAGAAACAGUUAGAGGAACUCACAUGGCGCUUGCAACUAGAAAAACGUCUAAGGACUGAUAUGGAAGAAGCAAAAGCACAAGAGAUUGCAAAGUUGCAGGAAUCACUAGAAGUUAUGCAGAAGAAAGUUGAAGAGGCUAAUGCUUUGGUUGUCAAGGAGCGAGAGGCAGCAAAGAAGGCUAUCGAAGAAGCGCCUCCAGUUAUCAAGGAAAUUCCAGUUUAUGUUGAAGACACUAAAAAAGUUGAAUCUUUGUUGGAACAAGUUAACAGCUUAAAGGAAUCUUUAGAGAAUGAAAAGAAGGAAUCAGAAGACUUGCGAAGAAAGUAUGCUUUGGAACAAGAGUCCUCAGAGGAAAGCCGUGCAAAAUUAGAAGAAACUGAAAAGAAAGUUCAUCAACUCCAAGAAUCUCUUCACAGGCUAGAAGAAAAGUUCACAAAUAUAGACUCUGAAAAUAAAGUUCUUCGUCAGCAAGCUGUGUCAAUGGCACCUAACAAGUUCCUCUCAGGCCGAUCCAGAUCAACUAUCCAGAGAGGUCAUGAAAGUGGGCAUGGUUUUGGUGAUGCAAGAAUGCAUGCGGAGGUGCAUAGCCCUUCAUCAAUGAACCAUAGGGAUUUCUCCGAGGUCGAGGACAAACCACAAAAAUCACUAAAUGAAAAGCAGCAAGAGCACCAGGAGUUGCUUGUUCGUUGCAUUGCACAAAACCUCGGCUUUGCUUCAAAUAAGCCAAUUGCAGCCUGUGUCAUUUAUAAGUGCCUUCUGCAGUGGCGGUCUUUUGAAGUUGAAAGAACGACCGUGUUUGACCGAAUCAUCCAGACUAUUGGCCAUGCUAUUGAGAAAGCCCAGGACAACAAUGAUGUGCUGGCUUACUGGUUGUCGAAUGCCUCAACUCUUUUAUUGCUUCUUCAACGCACGUUGAAAGCUAGUGGUGCUUCAGGAAUGGCUCCUCAACGCCGACGAUCAUCAGCUAAUCUAUUUGGGAGGAUGUCAUCACAGAGUUUCCGUGGAGCUCUGCAAGGGGUCAAUCUAUCAUUUGUACAUGGAGGGCUAUCGGGUGGGUUCGAUACUCUUCGCCAAGUAGAAGCAAAGUAUCCUGCCUUGCUUUUCAAGCAGCAACUCACUGCAUAUGUGGAGAAAAUUUAUGGGAUGAUCAGAGAUAAUUUGAAGAAGGAGAUUUCCCCAUUGCUUGGAUUAUGUAUCCAGGCGCCACGAACAUCAAGAGCGAGCUUAGUGAAGGGAUCCUCUCGUUCAGUUGCCAAUAAUGCAGCACAACAAGCUUUGAUAGCUCAUUGGCAAGGAAUCGUGAAGAGCCUCGGGAGUUUCCUCAACACUUUAAAAGGAAACCAUGUCCCUCCAUUUUUAGUUCGGAAGAUUUUCACACAAAUCUUCUCUUUCAUCAACGUACAAUUAUUUAACAGUCUGCUAUUACGGCGGGAAUGCUGUUCAUUUAGCAAUGGUGAAUAUGUCAAAUCAGGGCUUGCUGAAUUGGAGCAUUGGUGUUACCAUGCAACUGAUGAGUAUGCAGGUUCAGCUUGGGAUGAGCUGAAGCAUAUAAGGCAGGCCAUUGCUUUUCUGGUUAUGCAUCAAAAGCACAAGAAAACUCUCCACGAAAUAAGCCACGACCUCUGCCCGGUUCUUAGCAUCCAACAAUUAUACCGGAUCAGUACGAUGUAUUGGGACGACAAGUAUGGCACCCAUAGUGUCUCCUCAGAUGUUAUAUCCAACAUGAGGGUGUCAAUGACAGAAGAUUCAAAUCAUACGGCUAGCAACUCGUUUCUCUUAGACGACGAUUCCAGCAUUCCAUUUUCUGUAGAUGACAUUUCAAAAUCAAUGGAACAAAUAGACAUCGCCGACGUGGGACCGCCUCCGCCACCUCUCAGGAGCAACUCCGGCUUCAGCUUUUUAAUGCCGCAGACCGAAUAGAUGACACAACAAUGUGAGUGUUCUUAGGGGAGCAACAUUAGUUCAGUGAGUGAAAUUUUUGAACAUUUCUAGUUGAGAGUGAGAUGUAUCAAAUUUUGGAAAUUCUUUCUAUGAUUAUAGGUUAAUACAAAAAGGUUUUUAUU